AUGUCAAGUAAGUAUGAUAAUGAUAUAAACCACUAUCAUUCUCAUGCUAAAUAUUGGUACCUCUGUCUGCUUACUGCAUACAAGCAUUAUUGCCAACACUCGCUCAUUCUCCCGUCUAUAGCACAGGACGUUUCAUCAGCGCUUGAAAUUUAUGACGACGACAAUGAACGACGUAGCACUGAUGCAUGCACAAGCUCAACACAUAUGGUGCCGCACAACGCAAAACUUCAAAAGCACCUAAGACAAGAGAUCCUGACCAUACAGAAUGAUAGAGAUCUGUCUGCUGGAGAAAAAGCAAAAAAAGUUCAGGAGCUAAUGAUGUCAAAUUGGAAAGCCUUAUCAAAGAAAUCAACAAGAGUUGUAUCCAAUCGACUCACUGAAGAUGACGUGGCGUCCACUUAUAACCCUGAUAAAAAAGUUCUAGGCUGUGCACACUAUCAAAGAGCUGCUAAGCUUCAAGCUUCAUGCUGUGGAGGAUGGUUCACAUGUCGAUUCUGUCAUGACGAAGCAUGCGAUCACCAGAUUAACAGGUAA